UGAGUGUUUGAUCAGCCAUGAUAGUAUUGAAUGGCGGAGCAGGCUGGACGGGCUGAAUGGUCUUCUCCUAUCCCUAUGUUCUAUUCUGAAUACUAGUGAUUGCUUCUGUUGACUGACAGGGUACCAGAAGCUGAAGUCAGUUUUCAGGAGUAUCUGAAAGAAGGAAAGGAAGAUAGAAAGGUGGAGAGGGUUGGGGAGGAAAUUCCACAGCUUAAGAUCUUGGCAGUUGCAGAUGUGGCCACCAAACGUAGAGCAAAUAAAAUCAGGAAUACUCAGGAAGUCGGAAUUAGAGGAACGCAGAUAUCUUGGAGGUAACAAAGGGAUGGAUGAUGGUUUCAGCAGCAGAUGAACGGAGGCUGGGGUGGAGUCCGACGAUGUCACUGAGGUGGAAUCUAGUCUUGACGAUGAUGCCAAUAUGCGGUUGGGAGCUUGCCUCGGGGUCAAAUAUGACACCAAUGUUUCAGACUCAGACUGUUGUUAAGGAAAGGGCUGGAAUCAGUGUUUAGGGUUGGUAGUGGGGACUGAAGGGAAUAGCUUCAGUCUUCCCAAUGUUUAAAUGGAGGAAAUUUGUGUUCAUCUGGUACUGGAUGUCAGAGAAGUCAGGACGGAGUGUAACUUGGAGGGGAGAUUGGAGGUGAUGCUGUUCACAUACACCUGUUGCCGUGUUCCAUGUGGUGGGGGUUGAGUGUUUUGGAAAGUCUGUCCAAGUUCUGGUCAAGUUGCAGAAAUAGAAAAUCCCUCUCCUCUGCGCCUGAUCCCAAUCCUCUCUCAAUCUCCUCUUCACAUGGAGGCUAGAGUCUUGUGUAGGCCCAGACUGGGUAGCAGGUUCCCUUCCCUGAAGGAUAUUAGUGAACCAGCUGAGUUUUUACGACAAUCCAGCAGUUUUCAUGGUCACGUUUUCCUUGUGCCGGCCGCAUAAAUUACCAGAUUCUUUCAGCUCAAUUUCACAACCUGCAUUAGUGUUUGUGUGGGGUCUCUGUUUUAAAUUGAUUUCACAGGGUGUCAGAAGGAGAAGAUUUGCAUUAUGGAAACAUCACAUCAGGGUCUGACAGAGUCGCCCAGUUUAUCGUAACUUGAGUACAUUGGAUUUUGAACGUGGAAGGAAAAAGCACCGUUCACAGUGGGGAGAAACUUUACAUGUGUUCUGUUUGUGGACGAGGCUUCAGCCAAUCAUCUGGUUUGUCAAGACACAAGUGCAUUCACACAGGAGAGAAACCAUGGAAAUAUGGGGACUAUGAGGAGGCAUUUGGUUACCCGUCUGAACUGGAAGCUCAGCAACGCAUUCACGCCGGAGAGAAACCAUUCAUCUGCUCCAUAUGUGGGAAAGGAUUUACUCGAUCAUCGAACUUGCUGACACACAGUGUGUUCACACUGGAGAGAGACCAUUCUCCUGCUCAAAGUGUUGAGACACCAGAGAGUUCACACUGACAAGAGACCUUUUAAAUGUCUGGACUGCAGGAAGUGCUUUAAAAGUUCUGGGGAACUGAUGUCCCAUCAACAUAUUCACACUGAUGAGAGACCUUUUAAAUGCCCACAAUGUGGGAAAUCCCAUAAAAGUUCCUGGGAACUGAUGUCCCAUCAACGCGUUCACACUGACAAGAGACCAUUCAGAUGCUCUCACUGCAGGACUGGAUUCAAGCGAUCAUCUCAACUCAUUAUACACCAGCGACUUCACACUGGGGAGAAGCUGUUCACCUGCUCUAAAUGUGAGAAGGGAUUCACUCAAUCAUCCACCCUGCUGAAACACCAGCGAGUUCACACUGAUGAGAGACCUUUUAAAUACCCAGACUGCGGGAAGUGCUAUAAAACUUCCUGGGAAUUGAUGUCCCAUCAACGUGUUCACACUGACGAGAGGCCAUUCAGAUGUGGGGUUGGGUUCAGGAAAUCAUCUCACCUCACUGUACACCAGCGAAUUCAUACCGGGGAGAGGCCGUUCACCUGCUCCAAGUGUGGGAAGGGAUUCACUCAGACAUCCCACCUACUGAAGCAUCAGGGAGUUCACAAGUAACUACAAUGAUUAGAUUUUGCUGUUAAUCACAUCCAGGACUGAACCAUGUUCAGUGGUGUCUGUUCCUAUUCAUGUUAAUAAAUCCCAGACCAGUUAUAGGGGAAAAUAUUGUUGACGAGAAAAAUAA